AUGGACAGUUGCAGGACCACUUCAGAAACGGUCUAUGCUGAGAUCAUCGUCAAUGUGGGCAAGGUGACUUUUGGAGAGGAAAACAGGGAGAAGAUGAACAAUGGCUCUUUGAAGAGAACUCAGAACUCAGAACUCAUCCAGGCUACCUGUGCACUGCUAAAUUCUGGAGGGGGUGUGAUCAAGGCAGAGAUUGAUGACCAAACCUACAGUUACACAUGCCAUGGGCUGGGGCAGGAUUUGGAAACUUCAUUCCAAAAACUUCUUCCUUCAGGUUCACAGAAACACCUGGACUAUGUGCAGCGGGGGCGUGACUUCCUGAUUUUUGUUAAGUCAUGGAGUCCAGAUGUUUUCAACCUCCCACUCAGAAUUUGCAGCUUGCGUUCCAAUUUAUAUCAGAGAGAUGUCACCUCUGCUAUCAACCUGAGUGCCAGCAGUGCCUUGGAGCUUUUGAGAGAGAAGGCACAUAGAGCCCAAAGAGGUAGACCAAAGUUGCAUCCUCAGAACAUUCUCAAAAAAUAUGUUCAGGGAGAUGAAGAUAUUAAGAUGUGCGCCUUGAAAUUUUUUAAAAAGGAUAAACUCACAUAUAAGGAGAAGCUCAACUUUACAGAAUCAACACAUGUCGAGUUUAAAAGGUUCACUACCAAAAAGGUCAUGCCUCGGAUUAAAGAGACACUACCUCGUUACGUUUCUGCUUUUGCCAACACUCAAGGGGGAUACCUAAUUAUCGGGGUUGAUGGUAAGAGCAAAGAAGUGUUUGGCUGUAAGAGAGAAAAAAUAAACCCCGAAUUAUUAAAAAAGGAAAUAGAAAGCUGUAUAGAAAAGUUGCCUACAUUUCACUUCUGUUGCGAGAAGCCCAAGGUGAAUUUCACUACCAAGAUCUUGAACGUGUAUAAAGAAGAUACCCUGUAUGGCUAUGUCUGCAUGGUUCAAGUAGAGCCCUUCUGUUGUGCAGUGUUUGCAGAGGCCCCGGAUUCCUGGAUCAUGAGGGACAAAUCUGUCAGCAGGCUGACUGCUGAGCAGUGGGUAGUCAUGAUGCUGGACAUUCAGUCAGCUCCUUCUAGUCUGGCCCCAAACGACAGUGCUCAACUGCUUUCAUCGGCUUUAUCUUCACCAGGAAGUCCAGGACACUCCAUGAAAGUCAUGGAAUUUAAAGGGGCUCUGCAAAAACGUUUAUUUCCAGUGACACAGGAAGAAAUAUAUUUUAAGCCAGAAUCCCUCUGUAAGAAGCUGUUCUCAGAUCAUAAGGAACUGAAAGAAUUGAUGAAGGAACAGAUACAGCCUUGUUCUCAGGGGACUGUGAUAUUUUCUAGAAGCUGGGCUGGUGAUAUUGGUUCUAGGAAAGAGCAGAAGGUUCUGUGUGAUGCUCUCCUGAUAGCAGUUCACAGCCCCCUGGUACUCUACACAAUCGUAACGGAUCCCAGUUGGACUGGAGGACUUGGAUAUGCCCGAGACACUGCUUUUCAACUAAAGCAGAAACUGCCAAGUGUUGGUGGCUACACAGGGAAGGUGUGCGUCGUUCCGAGGCUGCUGCACCUGACAGGCACACAGCACAGACCUGCGGAAAAUCUCAUGCUCUAUCCUCAGUCCUACAGCCUUGCCAGUGCAGAUGCAAUGGAGGACUUGGUACAGGCCCUCAUGGUCGUCUCCCUGUGCUUGCAGUCUCUUCUGAGUGACCAGCUGGGUUGUGAGUUUUUCAACCUGCUUGUGGCAGAGCAGUGUGAACUGCUGUCCAAGAACCUUCAGGAAACCCGGGAAUUGUUCAUCCACUGCUUGCCAGGAACCAGGAGGACAGCGCUAGCCAUAAGGAUCAUAGAGAAAAUUAAGGACAUGUUUCAUUGCCAGCCGGAAGAGAUUCUCUAUGUCUGUGAAAGUGACUCCUUGCAGGAUUUUGUGAGGCAACUGACCACUUGCCACGCUGUGACUCUGGAAACUUUCAUGCGAGAGGAAUUUCCAAAAAUUCAGCACAUAGUGAUGGACGAGACUGAGAAUUUCUGCAGUGAAUAUGGGGGCUGGUACAAGAAAGCUAAGAACAUCACCCACCCUAAGGUGAAGGAGGCUGGAAGUGAAAACCUUCAUCGCGGGAUCCUCUGGCUUUUCCUGGACCCUUUCCAGGUCCAUCAUGCAGAUGCCAGUGGCCUCCCUCCUCCUUUGGCUCAGUUUCCUAGGAAAAUGGUCAAGGGGGUCCACUGUGCUCUGGAAAUAGCAAAGAUCAUGAAAGAAGAAAUGAAGAGGGUCAGAGAAAACCCUCCUUCCAACAUGUCUCCAGAUGCAUUAGCGCUGCUCCAGGAGGUUGCCUGUGAGGAAGCAGUGUGUGUCCAGGCUCUGCCUGGGGUAUACGAGACCAAGAGUAACCUGACCAUAGAACAAAUAGCAAAUUAUGUGGCAGAAAGAUGUCAUGGUCUCUUCCAGUGUGGCUAUAUGCCCAAAGAUGUGGCAAUUUUGUGCAGGAGAGGGGAGGACCAAGGACGUUAUAAACUUGCACUGGUAAGAGCAAUGGAAUUAAUUAAGACCCAUGGAGCAAAGGAGGUUGUGUUCAGCCAGGCUGCUGGUGUUCAGGGUGAUGACAUUGUUUUAGACAGUAUUCAGCAGUUUUCAGGCCUGUGGAGGAAUAUUGUGUUUGGGCUCAGUCCAGAAAGUACCCAAUCAGAGGAGUUUCAUAAGCUCUGGUUUGCCUCAAGAGCCGUUACGCACCUUUACCUACUUUAUGAAAAGAGGGCGCCUUCUGAAAGUCAUUAUGAAUAACACAGAAAGGCAGGAAGAGCAGAAUGCCUCCUCCCUGACAGAUGAUCUUCUUACCUGCCACAAGGAGAGAAUGAAAGCCUAACAGGAUGGCCCAGAGCUGCAGAAAUGUCUCCUUGGGCAGAUCCUUUGCUUCUAAUUCACUUCUCCUCCCUGUAUAAUUAUAGCAAACUCAUAAUUGGUCCCCUGCUUCCUAGCCCAAUCCAGUUUUCAUAUUGUCAUUCGAAAAGCUUGUCCUCGAGUGGAAAAUUGAUUGCAUGUAAUUCUUUGCACACAUACAUCCAGUGCCCCAAACACUCGAACCAAACCAGCUUCCAGGCUUUCUGUGAUUGUGCUCUGAUGUACUUAGAAGACCACAUCUUUGGUGAUAACCUCCAUCUUCAAGUGUUUCUAAUGUACCCAGCCUCACUGGCCUAUUUUGUAGGUGGUGGCAGGGUACUCUUCAGUCCAAUUCAAUAUCAAGAGCAGCUCCUUGGCUGGCAUAUUAUACUACCUACAGCUCUUAAAUUUUAUAGGUCAAGAACUUUAUUUCUUCUUUACAACUCUAGAUCAGUCUCUCAGGGAUGGUUUUUUGCUAACCAAACUCAAAAGCCCACCACAUAGGUGAAAAGAUCAUUCUAUAACUUUGCAGUGAAGAUUGUGGUACAAAAUGGUGACAGGAUUUUGCUAAUCUGUGCAUUCAACCAUGCAGGAAUCCCAGUUACACAACCAGAGCUUCUCAGUAAAGGAAGCUUAUCAUCUCAUUCCAUUGUAAGAAGUCUUUGGGGUAUAUGAGUAGUAUCUAUCAGUCAUCACAGACCC